CUAAUUUCCUUUCCUUUGGCUAAUACUAGUUUUGGUGUUGUAUUGAUUACUCCGCUGCCGCCUAAAGUCUCCACCAGUAGAAGAAGAUAAGAGUCUUGCAAGCUGCAACAACGAAAGAAGAAAGUCUCGCCCACAAUAUUUGACUAAGUUUAGUCAAGGUACAAAUCCGAAGGAAUAAAACAUACUACCCUAAUACCCCAAUUUUAGACGAGCGCCGCAUGUCUCUCUCACUCUCUCUUCUCUUUUGCUGUCCCCAAUUUUAGCCGUCCCCUUUCCAAGCUUCAAAGAGGAGCAAGACAAAAUCUGAGCUUCCAGUCCACCGCCUCUCUUUCUCUUCGGCCCCGGGCAAUUAGUUAAAAGGAAGGAAGGAAGGAAAGAAGCAGUUGCAGUGCCCAAACCAAUUUUAAAAAAAAAAAAUCUGAAAGGAUCUAUUUGCAGUGGAAGAAGCCAGGUUGGGUUUUGUUUUGCUUUUUUCUAUAUCUGGGUCUGUUAACUGUUAAGGAAAUAGAAGGGAGAGGGAGAUUCUCUUCUCUGAAAUGUAAAUACACUACUACAUAGAUGGAUAGAUGGAGCAAAAGAAAAAGAAGCAGAAGAAAGAGAAGUGAGAGAGCAAUUGUUGUUUAGUUGGUUUAAAUGCAGUCUGCAGUGGACUGGAUUGGUGGGGACCGUGGGAUAUAAUCAUCAUCCAUUCUUCAUUCUUCAUUCUUCAUUCCUGCGGCUGCUUCCUUCAUCAUUUCUGCUUCCUGCUCUCCUCGAUUUUUCCGUCUAUCUUUCUCGAUUUUUCCGGAUAGACCCGACCCGGAUCCGAGAUCAGUCGGAUUUGUUCCGGAACCCGUUUGAAAAUCCGAAUCCGAUAAAAGUAUGACAGGUCCGGAUCCGAAAUAAUGAAUUUCGGCCGAAUCCAACAACCCGUUGACAGACCUAUACAUACAUAUAGUCACAUUCAUUAGCGAUGUGGUAUAAAUUUAUUUUAUCCUGAUCCUAAAAGGUUCAAACGCAUAUGUAAAUCCAAAUUAUCACUCCUCAGAUAAUUAGGAGAGGAUUUGAGAUUUAAGAAGUAGGAAGGGAGAAGAGGGAUUCGAACCCAAAACCUCUGUAUUUAAUUCCUUUCCUUGAUGCGUACAAAUCACAAAAAUCUAAAAUUCGAGCCAUGGUUUUUGGGAAGGUCCUGAUAUGGAUCUAGUUGUCUUGGAUGAUGAUAGAUUGGUUGCUAGACAAUUUUGUACACUACGAUACGACAGCUGUUGUUGUAUCACAGGUGCUGAACCAGAGAUCCACAUCUAAUCGAGGGUAGAAAAAGAAUCAGCUUAAACUUGCAGUUAAUGUUACGCGUUUGGAGUCCCAGCCUUGAUCAACCGCGCUAUCUUUUUGCGGCUUCUCUCCGCGGGCGUCGCUGUGACACCAAUUUUAUUUCUACAUUAACGCUCCUACAAAUUAUUUCAUUUUGAAAGAACAUCAAGAAACAAGCAGUGCAAUACCAAAUCCCGAUCCCCUUUUUGUUAGGUAAAUACUACCAGCCCUUUUGUUUUUGGGUUUACCGCCCCCUUGAAUAUCUCAGGGGCCGGUUUGGCUUGCAAUUUUCAAUUUUCUUCUUCAUUGGUGUCAACAAUGGAGAAGGAUAACAAGAAGUACAUCACGGAUGAAGAGCUGAAGAAGCAUAACAGGUCUGAUGAUUUGUGGAUUUCUAUCCAUGGGAAAGUCUACGAUGUCACAGAUUGGGUAAAAGACCAUCCCGGCGGAGAUGUUCCCAUCCUGGAUUUGGCUGGCCAAGACGCAACCGAUGCGUUCAUUGCUUUCCAUCCCGGCAGCGCAUGGAAGUAUCUUGACAGAUUUUUUACAGGUUAUUAUCUGAAAGAUUUCCAGGUUUCAGAGGUUUCCAAAGAUUACCGGAGAAUUGCUACAGAAUUUACGAAAGCUGGUAUGUUCGAGAAAAAAGGCCACGGGGUGGUUUGUUCCCUUGGCCUGGUUUCAUUGUUGUUUUCAAUUUCCGUUUAUGGUGUGUUAUGUAGCAACAGUUUCUGGAUGCAUAUGUUUUGUGGUGCCCUGUUGGGGUUCUCGUGGGUGCAAGUGACUUUCUUGGGUCAUGAUUCUGGACAUUAUCAGAUCAUGAGUACCAGAGGAUUCAAUAAGUUAGCCCAAAUCCUCACCGGUAACUGCCUCACUGGAAUCAGCAUUGCCUGGUGGAAAUGGACGCAUAACGCCCACCAUGUCGCAUGCAACAGCCUUGAUCAUGACCCCGAUCUGCAGCAUUUGCCUGUUUUUGCAGUCUCCACAAACUUUUUUAAAUCGCUUACUUCCAAAUUUUAUGGAAGAAAGCUGACAUUUGAUUCAAUGGCGAGAUUUCUUGUGAGUUAUCAGCAUUUCACGUUUUACCCAGUAAUGGUAGUUGCAAGAAUAAAUCUUUAUCUGCAGACGCUCUUGCUGUUGUUCUCGAAAAGAAAAGUGCCAGACAGGGCACUGAACAUUUUGGGCGUCUGUGUUUUCUGGACAUGGUUCCCUCUGCUGAUCUCAUGCCUUCCCAAUUGGCAUGAAAGGAUAUUGUUUGUUCUGGCAAGCUUUUUCGUGUCUGCUUUCCAACAUAUUCAGUUCUGUUUGAACCAUUUCGCUGCAAAUACCUACGUUGGAGCACCUCAAGGGAAUGAUUGGUUUCAGAAACAGACCAGUGGCACCAUUGACAUCUCUUGCCCUUCUUGGAUGGACUGGGUCUAUGGCGGAUUGCAAUUCCAGCUUGAGCAUCAUUUGUUCCCCAGGUUGCCCAGGUGCCAUCUCAGGAGAAUUUCGCCCCUGGUCCAGGACCUCUGCAAGAAGCAUAAUUUGCCUUACAGAAGUUAUGGCUUCUAUCAGGCCAAUUUGACAACAAUCAGGACUCUUAGGGCUGCAGCAUUACAGGCUCGUGAUCUCACCAACCCUGUUCCGCAGAAUUUGCUCUGGGAAGCUUUCAACACUCAUGGCUGAGGAUUUCACGGAUGCAUCAAAUCUGUCCUUUCUUUUUUCGUUAUUUAGUCCGAGUAGGUCAGUUAUUUGUCUUCUAAGCAUUGUUUGGAUUUGAUUUUAUUUGCAAAAAAUUAUCUGAUUGUAUCGUGAACGCAUCUUCAAAUUACCAUUUUAUCUUUCCAAC